UUUCUAUGUCUUAUAUUGCUGAGACGCGAAUACAUGCUCAAUUGAGUAGCCAAGGAAGCCAGAGACGCUCGGACACGAAAUGCCGGUGCUCGGACUUGUGCUUGCUCUUCUCCUUCUCGGCUCGGCACCAAAGAAAUCGGUUCAGAAUGUGACUCGAACAGAUGGGAAAGAGUUUGUGGAGUGGUGCAUAGCUGACGAGCAAGCCUCAAGCGAGGAGCUUCAGAUGGCGCUGGACUGGGCGUGCGGGAAGGGAGGAGCGGACUGCGCAGAAAUCCAGCCCCAUCGGCCAUGUUUCCUGCCCAACAUGGUCAAGGACCAUGCUUCCUUCGCCUUCAACAGCUACUACCAAAAGUUCAAGCACAAAGGGGCCACUUGCUACUUCAAUUCUGCUGCCAUGAUCACUGAUCUUGACCCCAGUCAUGGAUCAUGCAAAUUUCCAUAUCUCCCGUGAAUGAGCGUCCAGUAGAAGAACUUCAGCCGCAAGGAUUCCAGAGUGGAUUGGGUACUUGGACCUCUUUAUGAUUACAUGCUUGUAUUUUCUGCUCUUUGUAACCUUUUUGGCUAGACAGACCGACCAUGAUGAAACGUUCAUACGAGAUGGUUUCAUUCUAUACACGAUUUCCUUUGUUUAUAAUUAAGCAUGUUGUAGCAGACAGCUUCUCACUAACGAUUAGUAAACACCGAUUUCCCAGAAAAACUAAAGUGUAUUCUGGGACUUUA